CGAUUCGCAAAGCGAUAUUCAAAAGAUAAGUUCACAAUGAUCUACUUCAAAGUUUUAUUAUUCAGUUUUCUCUUAACUGAGAUGCUUCCAACAGAAGCUUUAGUGAUAGUUGAUCUGUUACCUUCAACCAAUACAACUGUAAACCAAACUCUGUCAUUAUUCAGCUGUCCACCAUGUAAUUGCCAAUGUGUUCCAAUUAUUUUUCCUUCUUGUUCCAAACCUGCUACAAUCCCUGGUCCAAUUCAAGUGACAACGGCUGCACCAAUUCAGGAAACGACACUUGCUCCUACAACUGUAGCUCCAACUGUUCCUACAACAACUAUAGCACCAAAGGUUGAUGUUUGUACAACAACUUAUCAAAUCAAAACAGCAUCUCAAGCUAAUUUGAAGAUGCUAUGCUAUAUAGCUGGCAAUCCACAAUCGGUUGAAAAUGCAACAAUCUUCUGUGCAAUCAAUGGAAUGCGUCUUUAUGAACUAUCGGAUGCUGAUAGUGUCGCUGGCUAUCAGGAAUUUGUCAACUAUUAUGUCACAACAACUGGACCAACAUUCGUAUCAAAUGGUAUUCAAGUAAAUGGUCAAUGGGUGCUGUUUACAAACCAGACAGUUCCACUUUACAGCGGAUUAACUUGGGGACCAACUAAAGUGACAUCACCAACAACUAUUCCUUCAUUUUUGUACAAAAGAGAAGAAAAUAUGGUAUUUUUAGGUUAUUCUUAUAAUUAUGAAGCUCGUGCAUACUUUAUGUGUCAAUAUUAAUAGUUUUGUGUCUCAAAAAAUAUUAUUCUU